AUGGGUAAACUGCAGGCAAUUGAAAAAAAAUUUCAAUUUGGCAUUCGGGUCAUUAUCAAUCUUUUUCGCCUUUUCCCACUACUUUAUUCCAAUUUCUUGUUGACUAUUGGAUUAACAGCGUUGACAAUUGCUGCAGCUGUGGGAAAUGAAAUUGUCAAUUAUAAAACCGGGUUUAUCCCCGGAAAAUUUUACUUGUAUCUUCUACAAAAGAAUGAAUCUAAAUUUUGGCAUAUUUUCUGGAUUGCUUCUGGUUGCUACGUUGGUCUAUGUCUGCUGAUUGCAAUUAUGAAUUUCUUCUCGUGGUGUUUGUACGUGCAACAACGGAAAAAUCUAGUCAACAGAUUACAUUCAAUAUAUUACAAAAAUAAUUUCUAUUAUCAAAUUAAUGGUAUCGAUAAUGAAGGAAUCGAUAAUCCAGACCAGAGAAUUACCCAAGACGCCGACAAACUUACAAAGAUCCUAGCGACAAGUAUUAUUCCCACAGUUUUGCUAUCGCCAUUCAUCGUAACGUAUUACUCAAUAAAAGUGUGGAACACAGCUGGAGGAUGGGGAGUUGGAUUGAACUUUGCAUACUUCCUUAUUGGCGUCGUAAUCAAUAGGAUUUUAAUUUCUCCUCUUACGCCAAAUGCUGCAAGAGUUGAAAGAGCCGAAGGAGAUUUUCGUUAUAAGCAUGUAUCUGUUCGUGUUAAUUCCGAAGAAUCCCGUUUUGGGCGUGCGUCUCAAUUUGAGCACAUAUUUUCUGAUUUUACAUUCAGUGUUCUGUCCCAAAGAUUGUUCAUAUUUAUGUGUUGGAAAUUCCCAUCCCAAUUUUUCCAAUCGUUUUUUGAUUAUUAUGGGGCCUGCAUGUCAUAUAUUCUGCAGCUUUUCCCUAUUUUUAUUUUCCAUAUGUAUGAUGAUCUUACUCCAGCACAAUUUUCGGAGAAAAUUAGUAAUAACUCUUUCUUUUUCAUGUAUCUUAUUAAUUGCUUCACGCGACUUACUGAUUUGGCAAUGAACUUGGCUGAACUUGGUGGUUAUGUUAUGAGAAUUUCCGAAUUCGUGGAUUCUGGAAAAAUGUACGAAGAAGGAAUUGAGAAUAAUGGAUAUAGUGGUUCGAUAUCGGAAAACGAGAAAGUCGAUAAAAAAAAUAUUCUCGAGGUCGAGCAUUUAUCAUUCGGACCUCCCACAAAUCCAAGUGUGUGUAUUGUUGAAAAUUUAUCGUUCCAAUUACCCCGCGGCUCAAAUCUGUUGAUAACCGGAGAAAGCGGAAUCGGCAAAACAUCGCUUCUUCGAGUUUUCGAAGGAAUGUGGCCAGCAAGAGGGAUAAUUCAUAAAAAUUAUGAAACUCGUGACUCAUAUUUCCUUACGCAACGCCCGUAUUUCCCAGUCGGUCGAUUGUCAUUGGCCCAGCAAUUAAGUUUCCCGCGAGAUGUGGAAAAAAUCGAUCAUGACGAGCUCGUUAGAUACUUGCAUGAAAUGAAAUUAUCGCAUUUGCUCCAAAUCGUCGGCUCCAUUCAUGAACAGGUCGACUUCGAAUGGCAAGAAACGCUGUCGCCUGGCGAACAACAACGGCUUGUAUUUAUUCGCAUGCUUCUCGCCAAACCGCAUGUAGCAUUUUUGGAUGAAGCCACUAGUAAUGUUGAUGAAAAUAUGGAGAAUGUCAUGUAUGAGAUUCUCAGAAAGCAUAAAAUCACAUAUAUCUCUGUGGGGCAUCGAAAUUCCCUCAGGUCCCAUCACGAUUAUGAAUUGCGCAUCACAUCAACCUCCUUCCUGUUUCAUAGAAUAUAA